AGGAAGCGUUGUGAACGCGCGUAGCUUGACCCCGCUGGAGACGCCCAUUCCCAGUCCACACCCGCCCCGGCUGCUGGGUCGGUUCCUCCCCUCUUCAGCUGCCAGAUUGCAAGCCUGGAUGUCGGAUCGGCGCUGGCGGUUCACCGCAACAGAGAGCUAGCCAGCUGAGUAGAGGACUUCCCUCUGCUCACCUGCAGCCAUGAAUGGUGGAGCCAGUAUGUGGGCCGUCACUCCGGAGGAGAGGGGAAAACACGACAAGCAGUUCGACACCCUCUGCCCCGUCCUCGGCUUUGUCUCUGGAGAACAAGCCAGGAAGUUCUUCCUCCAGUCUGGCCUGCCUGCGUCGGUCCUGGCUGAGAUCUGGAACCUCGCCGACAUGGACAGCGACGGGAAGAUGGACCGACUGGAGUUCUCCAUCGCUAUGAAGCUCAUUAAACUCAAGCUUCAGGGGCGGAACCUGCCCUCCACCCUGCCAAUGGUCAUGACGCAGCCUCCAGUGUCCAGCAGCGCUUCAACACUGACCUCCUCAGCACGGUUUGGAAUGGGUUCCAUGCCCAACCUGUCCAUUGGGGUCUCGCCCAUGUCAGCCAUGCCCAUCCUAACACCCAUCCCCGCUAACCCUCCCAUGCCCUUCAUGCAGCCGUUGGUGCCGAGGCCAAUGACUCUGCCCCUCAUCACCACCCUGGGACACUCUGGACUCCACAAUGGCAACCUCAACCUCCUCCCCUCACCGCUCGUUCCCAAUAACACAGCUCUUCCUCUCUCUGGCUUCUCUUCACCUGUGGUGUUCUCUCCGUCGACCGGCAUGUCAAAGGCCAACUCUCUCCUGGACCUGGGAUCCAGCAGCUCGAAUUCUUCCUCCACCACGUCGUUGACCAGCAACUCUCCCAAGACGGGAGUGAGCGACUGGGCCGUUCCACAGGCCUCCAGACUGAAGUACCGUCAGCAGUUUAACACGCUAGAUAAACUCAUGAGUGGCUACUUGUCAGGACCUCAGGUGAGGAACGCCCUGCUGGCAUCAAAUCUGACCCAGACUCAGCUUGCUACCAUCUGGACCCUGGCAGACGUGAACAAGGACGGUCAGCUGCGAGCCGACGAGUUCAUUCUGGCCAUGCACCUUGUGGACAUGGCUAAAACGGGCUGCCCGCUCCCGCUCACGUUGCCUCAAGACCUGGUCCCCCCGUCUCUCAGAGGAGGAAUGAAGCCCAGUGAGCUUAUAAAUGGAACAGGGCCCUACGUCGCCCCGUGUUUAAUAGACACACCAGAGAUAGAGUCUGCACAAAAGACCAAGAGUAGCGUGUCCUUUGAGGAUAAGCUGAAGGAGAACUUUGCCCGAGGAAGCGCGGAACUGGAAAAGCGUCGACUGGCUCUAGAGGAGGAGCAGAGGAGAGAAAGGAGAGAGAGGGAGGAGAGGGAGACCCAGGAAAGAAGGGAAAGGGAGGCCAGGGAGCAGGAGAACCGGAGGAGGCUGGAGGAGGAGAAGCGGCUGGAGAGGCAGCGAGAGAUGGAGAGACAACGGGAGGAGGAGUGGCUCCGGGAGCAGGAGAGGAUGGAGGCAGCAAAGCAGGAGAUGGAGCGGCAGCGGCGGGAGGAGUGGGAACGGGGAAAGCGAGAGGAGCUGGGCCGGAGGAGGGAGGGGGAGCAGGAGGAGAUCUCUCGACUCCGGGCCAAAAAAAGAAGCCUGGAGUUGGAGCUGGAAGCGGUGGGCAGCAAGCACAAGCAGAUCUCGGACCGCCUCCGCGAUGCCCAGAGCAAGAGGCGGAUCCAGAAGGCCGAGGUGGACCUCAUUAACCAGCAGAGGGACGGACGCAUCGCUGAGAUCAACACGCUGCAGAUUCAGUUUGAGGACUGGCAGAGGAAGCUCGCCCAACUGGCCCCCGAACAGCAGCGCUUGACCGAGAAGCUCCGAACCCUCAGCCUCAACAAAAUCUCCACGCUCAGUUUGAGCACGCUGGCCAAGAGCGUGACGGAGAAGGGCGUGAACUGCCGGAAGUUGAAGGACCAGCUCGACACCCUGGAGAGGGAGACAACGGAAAAACUGGCUCAGAUGGAGCAGUACAACAAGGAGCUCAAGCUUGGGGACAUGGAUGACUGUGUUCUGCGGGGCCUUCUGUCUCUGCUUGCCUGCCUCAGCCAGCUCUUCCUUCUCAUCAAGGAGCUGAGGGAGAAGCAGGUGAGACAGCAGGCUGCUCUGGACGACCUGUACCGAGUCAAAGAGGAGAAACUGAGAGAGCUGCAGAGACGCAGGGAGGAGGAGGGUGAGAGGAGGAGGAGGGAGGAGGAGGAGGCAGCCAGAAGAGCAAAGCUAGAGCAGGAGAGGAGAGACCGGGAGCAGCGGGAGCAGGAGAGGAGAGAGAAGGAAGAAGCGGAGGCCCGGCAGAGGAGGCUGCUGGAGGAGCAGUGCGCCAGGCAGAGGGAGGAGGAGGAGAAGGAGGCACAGGCUCGCCUCCGAGCGGCUCAGGAGAAAGCACAGGAGGAGGAGGGUAGGAGGAGGGAGGAGGAGGAGAAGAGGAGGCGAGAGCAGGAGGAGGAAGAGGAGAGGAGGAAGAAAGAAGAGGAGGAGAGAGCACCUUCUACUCUGACCACCUGGAGAGCCUUGUACUCCUUUGUCGCCCGCAAUGCAGAUGAGCUGAGCAUAGAUGCAGGCUGCCUUAUCGAGGUGGACGAGCAGGCUGUCGGGGAACCUGGCUGGCUGCGUGGGAGUUACCGUGGAAACAGGGGCUGGUUCCCUCACAGUUACACGGAGAGAUGUCCCGUCGCCUCCACUCCAGAGGCCUCUUCACCUGGAAGAGCGGCGCCUCAGCCGCCACCACUUAACACUGGAGUCCCAGAUGGGGAGGCGCCGGGCGACGGCACCGCUCCCGCCCAAUCAGAUGCUUCUCAGUCCUCUCUCCCUCUGCUGGCUCGCGCCGUGUCGCCGUGGUCGCCCACGUCUGAAACUGACCUCAGCCCGUCCUGCGGCGCCGGCGAGGUCGGCGCCAAGCUGCUGAGCUUCUCGCAGGGCGACGUCAUCAGCGUGCUGCAGCAGAGGGACGACUGGUGGCUGGGGCAACUCAACGGGACGCAGGGAUGGUUCCCCAAAAGCUAUGUCACUGUGGAGACGGGUGGCAGCGCGGAUGUGGAUUCAUUUGACUCAUCUGACUCUGUUCACCUAGAGGAGUAUGUGGCCUUGUACACGUAUGAGAGCCCAGAGGCUGGGGACCUGACGUUUGUUGAGGGAGACGUCGUCCUGGUGACGGAGCGAGAGGGAGAGUGGUGGCGAGGGUGCGUAGGGGACCAGGUGGGGGUGUUUCCCUCCAACUAUGUCCGACUGGUUGAACCAGAAGCAUCGAAAUCUGGAGGUGCAGCCAAGAAACCAGAGAUCGCCCAGGCGGUCACCGCCACUGUCUCCCCGGCGACGCAGCAGCUGCGUCUCUCUCCGGGGCAACUGAUUGUGGUGUUGGCGAAGAACUCCACCGGGUGGUGGCUUGGGGAACUGCAGGCUCGGGGUAAGAAGCGGCAGAGAGGCUGGUUUCAUUCAUCUCAUGUCAAGCUCCUGGGUCCUUCAAACAGCAAGUUGUCUCCCUCCCCUCUGCCAGUUUGCCAGGUCAUCGCCAUGUAUGACUACACUGCUGCCAACCGGGACGAGCUGAGCUUCUCCAAAGGUCAGCUCAUUAACAUCCUGGACAAGACCAACCCCGACUGGUGGAAGGGGGAGGCCAGCGGGGUCACGGGCCUGUUGCCCACCAAUUAUGUCAAGAUGACCACCGAGUCUGACCCCAGCCAGCAAUGUACAGUCGAUUCCUCUUCCAUGUCAGAGCAUGGAGAGACUGACGGGUGCGCUAACCUGAUGACGCUGGACACCAUGAGCCCUCAGGAGAGGAAGAGGCAGGGCUACAUCCACGAGCUCAUCCAGACCGAGGAGACCUAUGUGGAUGACCUGGAGCUGGUGUUGGAGGUCUUCUACAAGCCCAUGUCUGAGUCAGGCCGACUAACGGAGGCAGAUAUGGGAGUGAUCUUUGUCAACUGGAGGGAGCUGAUCAUGUGUAACACCAAACUGCUCAAGGCCCUGCGAGUCCGUAAGAAGACCGGGGGCGAGAACAUGCCGGUUCAGCUGAUCGGAGACCUGCUGGCGUCGGAGCUCGCGCACAUGCAGCCGUACAUCCGCUUCUGCUCCUGCCAGCUCAACGCUGCCGCUCUGCUGCAGAGCAAGACGCACAACCAGCCGGACUUCAAAGACUUCUUGAAGAAAAUUGCCACUAACUACCGCUGUAAAGGAAUGCCAUUGUCCAGCUUCCUUCUCAAGCCCAUGCAGAGGAUCACCCGCUACCCACUGCUCAUUAAGAAUAUUCUGGAGCACACCCCAGAGGGCCACGCAGAUCGUGGUCCCCUGAGGGAGGCCCUGGAGCGAGCUGAGGAGCUAUGCUCUCAGGUCAACGAGGGCGUGAGGGAGAAGGAGAACUCAGACCGACUGGAGUGGAUACAGAGCCAUGUCCAGUGUGAGGGGCCUAUAGAGCACUUGGUCUUCAACUCGCUCACCAAUUGCCUCGGGCCUCGCAAGCUGCUGCACAGCGGCCGGCUGUUCAAAACCAAAAGCAGCAGGGAGCUGUGGACCUUCCUCUUCAACGACUUCCUCCUGCUCACGCACAGCGCCAAGCCUUUCUUGUCCUCAGGACCGGACAAGUUGUUCAGCCUCAAGACCAACAUACAGCUGAAGAUGUACAAGACUCCUCUCUUUCUAAAUGAGGUUUUGGUGAAAAUGCCUCCCGACCCGUCCAGUGACGAGCCGCUGUUCCACGUUUCGCACAUCGAUCGCGUCUACACACUCAGAACCGAGACCCUGAAUGAGAGGGCAGCAUGGGUCCAGAAAAUCAAAGCGGCAUCUGAGCAUUUCAUAGAGACGGAGAAGAAAAAGCGAGAGAAAGCUUAUCAAGCUCGCUCCCUGAAGACCAGCGGCAUCGGUCGGCUACUGGUAACAGUCACUGAAGCUCAGGAGCUCAAGGCUUGUAAGCCCAAUGGUAAAAGCAAUCCGUACUGUGAGCUGACGAUGGGGGCUCAGUGCUACACCUCCCGGCCCGUCGGGGACACCCUGAACCCCAAGUGGAACUUCAACUGUCAGUUCUUCAUCAAGGACCUGUACCAGGACGUGCUGUGCAUCACCGUGUUUGAGAAGGACCAGUUCUCCCCGGACGAUUUCCUCGGUCGCACUGAGGUUCCGGUGGCAACCAUCAAGAAGGAGAUGGAGAGCAAGGGCGCCGCCAACCGCCGUCUGCUGCUGCAUGAAGUCCCCACUGGAGAAGUUUGGGUCAAACUAGACCUUCAGCUUUACGAGCCGACCAAAUGAGGAACAUUCUGAGCUCAGAUUUAUUUUAUAAUGGAGGGAAGAUAUUUUUCAUAAAGAGAAUCUAAACAGCCAAAAAGUGCCACGAAUUAUUGAGGGUUUCACCCUCACUGCCUUUUUCUGGCCUGACCAUUCAGAAUAUUUUCCACCACCUCAAACAAAGUGGAGGCAAGCGCCCAAAGUGUAAAACGAUAAACUGGUGAUGUUGUAAAUCAGGGAUAAUAAGUCUGUUGCUGGAAACGAAUCUGCUCAGAUAGAGAAUGUAUUUGCCAGCAUUUUCAUAUCAAGCACAUGUUAAUGCAAUCUCAUGUACUUAUUUCUAUACAAUAACGUUUUAGCCGUAAUGGACAAAUGCAACAUGUCCGACCUGUGUUAAUUUGAUCCAAACGAAUAGAAAUCUAAACAGGUAUAUGUGCACACUGCUGCAAAAUGGUAUGUCCAAGGUUAACCCUGUGGUGGAACCAGGAAUACCGCAUAGUUAAUAAAAUUAAUAAAAUCAGUUAAAAUCUU